AUGUUGGUCAGCAGCAUUCUAAAUGCUCCCGAGAUUCAAUUUGCAAAGAAAUGUUUUGUUGGAGGAAUCACUACCUUGUACAAGAAAGGAAAGAAUUUGCCCAAUAUGACCAAUAUGGAAUUGAUGAAAUUUGUUUGGCUCAUAUCCCACCUACUUUGUGACUGUGGAUUUUUGACUUCUUUGUGGAGUGAAAAUCCAUUGUGGUAUUACAUUUCCAUUGGUGGUGCCAUUUCCACCUAUACCGUUGCCUUUGUACGACAUAUGCUCGUCUUGGUACAUGGAAAUUUGGCUUUUCGGGAGGAGAUUCCAUUGGCAUCUCUCUUAAAUGCAGAAAAUUCUUUGCUUUUAGUUGCCGCCUGGCUUCAUUUCACAUCAAGUCCCAACCCCUUGAAAUUGAUUUCAUUUGCCAUCUUCUCGUACAUGAAUUUGAUAUCGUUCAUUUUACACGAGCUCAUUUCGGCCAACUCGUUUACUACUGCGCUAUUUCCUGUUUUGAGCUGCAUUGAGCCCCUUCUCUUGGGGUUUGCUUGUUUUUCGGACUACUGUCUUCAGUUGCUUUACUACCGUGAGUACAUUCUUGACGAGACUCCUCUUUUGUAUGGACUAAUUUUUUCAUACAUUAGCUUCAAGAGGUUGGAGAAAUCAGAACUUGCUCGUGUCAGCUUAUACAGCUUUUUUGACAUGACAUUUGCCAUAUUGAUUAAAGUGAGAGCCCCUCAGUUCUUGCUUCAUCUCCUUGAAAGACUUCAGGCAUUUGUUUAUCUCUUGGUUCCAAUCCAAAUUAGCGGAGACUCUGAGAAUGUCACCCGGAAGACUUCGGUCGGAACCAGAGCCACAUCAAUAUUUUUCGAGCCUAUUCUGAUUAUCAAUGAUUUGAACUAG